UAUUUUGACCUUUUUAGAUCUGAAAGCUUGAUUUGUUUGAUCAAAUCGGAGAUGGGGAAGAUUCCGGUGAAGAUAAAGGCGGUGGUGUAUGGAUUAUCCCCGUUUCAGCAGAAGGUGAUGCCUGGUUUAUGGAAGGAACUCGCCAAUAAAAUCACACACAAAGUCACCGAGAAUUGGCUUAGCGCUAUACUCCUUGUCGGCCCUGUCGUUGGCACCUACUCGUACGUUCAGAAUUAUAAGGAAAGAGAGAAGAUGGAGCAUAGAUAUUGAAACUAAAGUCACAACUUCGAGUAAACUUGAAUAAAAUGGUUAAAGUUGGUUUUAUCCGAUAAUUAUUUUUUAGGAGAAAGUUGCUUAUAAACUUAUGGAUAAAUUAUAUCUUUUUCGUCUUUGUGAUUCAUUGAAAAUCCUGAAAAGAAUCGUUAUCGCAUUUUGUAACGUUUUUCCUUUAGUGGUGGAUGACAU